CGAACUAUUCUUCAUUCGAUCAGGAAGCGCAGAUGAUAAACGGUGCUAAUCAUGGUCCAUCAUAUGAUGUGAUAUGUCAACGGUGCCUAGUCUGAAGUUGCCUUAGUUCAGGACACAGCAGACCAGGAUGGCUCUAAUAGAGGGGGUGGGUGAUGAGGUCACCCUGCUCUUUGGAGUAGUGUUCCUGGUGCUCAUCCUGGUUCUGGCCUGGGCCUCCACUCACACUGUUGAACCUCCUGAACACCUCCUCUCACCUAGCCCAGGGACCGCCCCCUCCGCAGAGACUGACAGCCAGGAGCCCCUCCCCCUGGGUAACACGGACUCGUCGCCCGGUGGUGUCAGUGAAAAUGGUAAGAGUGAGCCUGGAACGGGAGCGGAGGGACAGACCUCAGAUGAUAAUAGGACUGGAGGAGGUGAGGAAGGCCUCUUGGAGGAAGCAAGAAUUGGGAGGGAUGGGUUGAGACAUCGAGAGACAGCAGGUCCCUCGUCUCAGCCUUCAGCCAGUGCACCAAGUGCCACACAGCCUUUGGACGAAGAUGUGUCGAAUGACACCCAAAGAAACAUGGUGCUCAGGCUGAAGUUCUUGAAUGAUACAGAGAGGACAGCGCAAGUGAAUCCUCAAGACACUAUUGGAUACCUUAAAAGGACUUACUUUGCUGGACAGGAGCAUCAGGUACGUCUUAUUUACCAGGGUCAGCUCCUUCAUGAUGACGCCCAGACACUGGCCUCUCUCAAUCUGGCUGAUAACAGUGUUUUGCACUGCCACAUCUCACAGCACGCCACGCGGGCAAUGCCUGCAGGGGCACGGGCUGCUGAUCAGGUGCAUGUGGCACUCAACGUAGGCAGCCUCAUGGUGCCUCUGUUUGUGCUUAUGCUAUCCGUGCUCUGGUACUUCCAGAUCCAGUACCGCCAGUUUUUCACUGCACCUGCCACCGCCUCACUUGUGGGCAUCACCAUCUUCUUUAGUUUUGUUGCAUUUGGGGUAUACCGCCGUUGAUGGCCGUUUGUGUGCACUCACAUUAGGCAUUUACAUGUUUGCACACAUACAGAGACACAUACUUUGCACUUGCUCCCUUAACCAGCGACAGUGGCAAUGUCUUCUGGGAUUUCUGGACUUUUCAGGUUAGUUGAAAGCUAUGAUUUCAGAGAGGCACACAUCUCUGAGGUCUUGUUUUGAUUGUGGUUUUUGUUCAUCACUUUUGCCAUGUUCAUCUGCACCAUGUUUAGGCUUGUCUCACAGAUAUUAUAUAUAUUUGAUUAUUUUAAAUAGAGAUGGUUAUUGUGUCUGUCCUCUUUUCCUUAUUGUUCAUGUGCAUGCUGCCAGUAUGAAACUGGGACUUGCUUAUAAGAGGUUAUACAGAAUGACAGACUCAAACUGUAGUUACGCAGGGCAGGCAGAAUUGCUCUUAUAUGUUGGGACAAUUAAAAUAAUUUGUGUACUUAAAGCUUUUGAAAUGGAGAAAUAAUCUAUUAAAUCAUUCUUUUAUUUACUGGU